CCCCCGUCUCCCACAACCAACCAUUUGUGUGUCUUGGAAUUGAGGAAAUGGGUUUAUGUUGACAGUUCUUAACAGGAGACAUGGAAGUUGAGACUGUUUUUUCCAGCUUUUUGUUUUUGGGAUUCCCAGAGAGGUCUUCCUCUUUGUUUCUUUUUUGUGGUACUCUGGAAGCCUGAAGAGCAUUCCUAGUCUCUUUGGAGUAUGUUACUCUCCCCUCCCCUAUUUUAUUUCCUUUGACUCCUAGCUGGGCUCCUUAAAAAUGAGCAAACAAGAACUUUUAAAAUUAAAACACACAAUACCGUGUUGAGGCUCAGCAUCUCGUGUAGCGGAGACCCAGUGCACUGUAGUACAGUCACUUGUGGGAGUUUCCGUUGACAGAUUUCAGGGUGUAGCGUACAGCACGAGUCCUUAUUCAGCUAUACAAUUUUGUGUUGAUCAGUCCCUUAGAAUUUCCAGUGCUGUGUUCUUUCUCAGUUUGCAACUGGAAGUUAAAGGAGUCUCUGUUUUUGUUGCAUUUCCCAGUUUAUACAUUCAUGAAUGUAGUUAGUUACCAGUCCUUCCAAGACCAAAUUUAUUUGGCAGGUGCCAUUUAGCUUGAAGUGUGUUUUAAUGUGUGUAUAUAAAAAAAAGUGGUCAUAUUUUUGUUUCUCCCCGACUUUUAAUUUAGCAUGAAAAGUAGGUGAAAGUGUGGCUAAAUUCUGAAAUUAGAAAUGGUAAAGUAAUGGAUGUUGUGAAACCAGGCCUUUAAAGGUGAUGACUAAAGCCAUUUGAAAAGAUGGUUGGUUGCUUAGAUCAUUCUUAGAUUAUAUUUAUAGAAGGGUUUCCAGAAUAAAAAGAUUGGAAUCUUGAUAUACCUAUAUCAGGUAGCAUCGGAGUUUUCUGACGACUGAGAAACUGAGAUGGAGAGUUCCUUCUUCACCUCCACCUUGUCCUCUUGCAGUGGGAACACUCACGUAGAGAGAGGAGGGGUGAUGCAUUUCGGGUGAGGUCUGACACUGACUCCCGAGGACCUUUCUCUGGCGAGUUUGAGAAAAUGGCUGAUGUCCUUUCAUUUCACCUUGAAAUUAGAUUUUAAAGAUUGGUAUUUAAUCUCAGUUAGGUGGAAGACAGCUGCCAAUAUGUGAAUGAUAAAGCCACGUGCUGUGUAAGAAAAGCCGAGGAAAAGCUGUGUAAAUUGUAUAAAAUUUUUACUCUUAGGAUGGGUUCAGGAAGAAGAAUUUUGAGAUGAAAAAAUCUAUGCAGAACAUUUAUAUUCUGUGGUUGCUUUGCUUAGGAAGUUUUUUUUUUAAGUUUAGGAACAUUUUAAUUGUCAUGUGUUAGUAUGUUUCCCAGAGUUGGCAUGUUUAAAGUUGUGAAAACCCUGAGCACAUAUCUUUUCCUGAAGUUUUCCCAUGGCAACUCAGGAAUUUUUACAUGAAGAAUUAAAGAUUAGUGGUUUAAAUAACUAGUUUAAUUGCUAAAUGAAUGCCCAUGUGUACAACAGAAUAGUGUUUAUUUAUCUUGUAUAUACUUUUCUAACAGGAAUAAAAUAGCAGAUAGCUACUUUGGAAAUCUUGAGUUCUUUUCCAUUAAAACAAAUUUCACUGGUCAUUUUAUGUUUAAUACUCUCAUUUUAAAUUUCAUUGGAAAGCAGAUUAUAUUUUAAAUUUUAAAAUCAGUCAUUGAAAUAGUUCUUUGCGAAGAGUUUUAUGUUGUAAUCUGAGUUUAACUUACAACCUGGGUUUUACAAGUUUAGAAAUAGAAGUGUAGUGAGUGAUAUUCCAAUCCUUGAAUAUUUCUACAAUUUCUGUAAUUCCUGUAGAAAGCAGUAGGCUUUCUGAUUGUGCGGUGAAGAGUCUUCUAUUUUUCUUUACUAAAGUCUUUUUGAUGAGAAAAACUGGCAACAGUUUUGUGUUUGUUCUAGAGUUGUUUCCACCAUAGAAUCCUCUGAAAGUAAUAUCUACAGAAUGUUUGCAUUUGAGAUCCCUUUUGGAGACAUAAAGUGCUAAUGAUAAUGAACUCAAGUAUGGGACUGGCCAAACCUAGGUCAUUGCAGCUUGGCUUGUUGGCAACAUUUGAUCAUGAGGAAAUAGUGACAUUUCUGCUCUCAGGUGGUGGCAGACAAAAGUUCAAAAGGAAACCUCUUUGUUCUAGCUGUCAGAUGGAGAAGUUAGUCUUUUUCUUCUCUUGGGCCCUCCUUGAACAGCUUAGCUUGUAUCUUUAAUAAUCACCCUUUGUGUUUGGUCUGCUUGAAACCAGACAACUGAAAAUAGUUCUCCAGUAAUGAAAGACUUGAGCCUUGUGGGCAAUGUUAUACUCUCAUUUGGUAUUAAAGUUUUCUUGGGUUACAGCUCAUUCCCGCAGCAAGUGAUUGAAGAAGGAGUCCUGUUCCUGCCCCUGAGCUACAGCUAAGGUACAAGGAGUGGCUUGGGGGUAAGGAAUCCUUCCUCACCAGAUGUGGUUUGUAUUUGUUAAGACUGCUUGUCGGAAGUUGACAUUUCUGCACUAAUUUUUAUUUUCUUAAUUGUUACUCAUGACCCGCACAUUCGUUACUCAUGUUUAUAGGUUUUUAAAAUCUGGGAAUUUAUGUGCAGACUGCUAUUGAAUCUUCUCACCUUUAGAUCACAAAAUCACUUUAAAGGAAACAAAGAGUUUGAGAGCAAUGAGGGACAAAUUCUAAGGUAAUAAUUUUCAUUCAGUUGCCUUUGCUGUAUUUGUAGUACAAGCAUAAUUUUUCUGUUCCUUAUAAAGAAUACCUCUUCUUAGUGCAAGGCAAUGUUCUUACCCAACAGGGAUGUCAACACAUGUUCUCUCUUAGUGGAGCCAAAUUUAAGGAAAUCAACCAAAUUUAAGGAAUGUCUGGUAAGGUAUUAAUAUAUUUAAAGGAAAAACUGCCCUUAGGAGUUUGGAAAAGGACAGUUAAUCCAAUUCUCUUAUCUUUGUUCUAUGCUACAGCAGGGAGUCGGCAGACUGUGGCUCACAGGCCAGUUUAGCUGCCGCCUGUAUUGUAUGGUUUGUGAGCUUGGAAAGAAUUUUACAUUUUUAAGUAGUUGGGGAAAAAAAAUCAAAAGAAGGAUAACUUAUGAUGUGAAAAUUUUAUGAAAUUCAAAUUGCAGGGUCCAUAAAUGUAGGUGUAUUGGGACAUAACCCUGUUUAUUUUUUUAUAUUUGUUCUCACCCUUUACAGAAGAAGUUUGCUGACCCUUGAUUUAGAGUAUACAAACAAAAUCUCCUAGGUUCAGUAUUAGCUUUACGGUGCUGUUUUCUGACAUUUCUGCAUCAGUGCCUUCCAUUUUCCUCCUCCUAUUACUAUACCUUUUACUUUCAUAUGGAUGAUUUGCCUUUUUUUGGUAACAAGCCAAGAACCCUGGCGUUUUGUGCUCUUCUGUGUGCUGGUUAUAUAGCCUCCUGGAUGUCCCCUUGGCACUGCAAACUCAAUAUGGUUCAGACUUGAGUCGCCUACCCUAAAACUGGUCUAACUUACUCUGUGGCUUCUCUGUCUUCUGUCACCUGUGGCUGAGCAAAUGCAACUCCUUAUAUUCCUGCAGUCCCAAUCCCAUGUGGUGUCUUCUCUGCUCAGGUUGAACCACUAAUAUUUCUAUCUUGAUUCUUGCAGUUUCUUAGCUGGUCUCUAACACACUGCUGAGGGGAGGAUAAUUAAUGCCUGUAGUAAAUAUGUUUCUUGGAGUACAAAAAUAGUUCUUGAGAUGCUGUAAGACCAUCAAAUUCAGAUUCAGUUGAGAUUCAUUUUUAAGUAGGAGAUAAUACAAAGCAUUGUAUAGUGGUGGCUUUCUGAGUACUUCAUUGUCUUUCUGUAAUAGUUGAUUGUGUCAACACUUGCCAAAUUCCAGCACACCUCUCUUUUUCAGAGACAUUCAGAAUGAAGUCUGGCAUCUAAGGCCACCUGUGAUAGAAUGCCUGACUUUUUUGUUUUUAGACUUCAUAUCAAUUUCUUUCAUUCCCGUUUCCAUAUAUUAAGUAAACAGACCUGUUGUAGAUCUCCAUAAAUACCAUUACGUUUCAUUUUCUUUGGUGCCUGUGUCAUCCUGCUUUUCUUGGAAUGCCCUCCCUUUCCAUAUUACCCAUGAUAUACAUGAAAACUUGCCUCAAAUUCAUUUUCACUUCGUUAAUACAUUAAAAAAAUACUGAGGGAGGGCCUGCACUGUUGGGGGAGUAUAGACUGUAAUUUUUCCUUUGGAUUUGCAUGGUGUUUUCCUGUGUCUUAUCACACGGAUCACUUUCUACUGCAUAUUGUAGUUAAUUGGUGAAUGUUUACCUUCUUUGCUAGAUUACAAAUUCUUGAGAGUCCAGCCUGUUUCAUUUCUAUCCUCUCCGCUGCUCUGCACUGCACAUGUCUGUGUUCACUUAGCUACCUUAUGGGAUUCCUACUCUCAUCUCUGAAACAGUUUCGGGUGAUAGCAUGCUGACCUCUUGUGUUAGUGAAUUGCUUUCAAGUCAGUGCACUUGGCUUGCACUGGGCAAGAUACAUGCCUACCAGAAGUGGUGUUCGUUUUCAAGACUAUUUGAUGGCAGGUAAUCUUGUUUUUAUAAUAAUUAAAUAUCAUGUAAACUGAUAAAAUGAGUGCAAAACUUUUUUUUCCCCUGAAAACCAAGUUGGAUUCUUUGGAAAGACUUGAUAAAGGUGAGUUCCUAAAAUAAUGGCUGUAGAAUUAGAUAUGGCCGUAGUAACUAAAAGUUUGGGAGGAAGAACAUUAGUCCCAAAGGAUUCUGUGUGCUUUCCACUUUAAUGAAACUGAAAAUGGAAAUUGUAGAUGAUGCAUUAAUAGGUGUGGUUUAGAUCAAGCAGAAGGAACUUCAAUCAGCAAGGUGCUCCUCCUCAUCGAUCCCAUUCUCCAAGUGCUUUGACCCCAUAUUAAGAUUGGCAAAUGAAUGUACAUUUAUGUGUUAAACUUAAAUAAAAUGUUUAAGGUACGUAUGUAUGAUAUUUUGACUUCCUGCUUUAGCGUUAAUCCCUUUUUUUUUUUUUUACCUGUUACGUUUGGAUAUGAUUGGGAUAUGAAAGCUUCUGCUUCAGUAAGUGUUCUGAUUUUUGUUUUCUAAAUGAUUAGAAGAACAUAAGACCCUCAAUGAAGAUACUGGUUGUAUUAUGUCGAAAUAAAGAACUGGCACGGGGAUACUAGAAAGAGCUAGAGACAGAUCGACCUGGUUUUGGUUCCUGGCACCUAUCUCCUAGGGAUCUUAACCUUUUUGGAUCUUCAUUUCCUCGCUGUAAAAUGGGAGUAAUCUCUAAGUUGGAGAGUCUGAAGAUAAAGUGGUAACAUGACCUUGGAGGUAAUAGGUGUUCAGUAUGUCACCGAAGUAGCUUUGUGAUAUCAGGCAAGUUAUUGAACUUUUAUUACGUAGUUUUUCAUUAUGGCCGCUUUAUUGAUGAGAAGACUCCAAAAGGUAAAUUUUUUUUAUAUGUAAGUUGUUUUAUCAGAAUCUGACAGUUAGUCAGACCUGGAAUAUGGUAGUUGCUCAGUAAGUAUUUGAAUUUAUAACAUGAGUCAUACUGCAUAAUAGCUUGCAUACAAAUUAAGCAAGGGCAAGCUUGUGAUUAUAGGAGAUGUAGCGUGUGAGUAUGAGGGUUCCCACGAACUCCACCAGCUUAGAACAAUCUGUCAGACCGAUGUCCAUCAUUUAUAUUAACAACUGCUGGCUUUUGCCGGGCACUGUGCACUGGGACUCCUCAUAAAGAACUACACUAUUUGCAUCUGGUCUUUGUGUUAUCAUUCCCAUCCAACUUUAUUAUAACUAGUGCUUAGUAAGACAGUAUUUUAGGUGAGGAGUUGGGAAAAGUGACAAAUAGGGAAAAUCUAAACAGAAGAAUUACUUUGGAUAGGCUCUUAAUUAUUAAGGGGACUUGAGGCAAGUGUAGGGGGAAACAGUAUUUUGAUUUAUUCAGUGAGUAUUCGAUUGCUAAUGUGACCAAAUUGCUAAAGCUGUAAGGGUGAACUCUUCGGUACGAAAAACAGAUGGAGCAGAUAGAUGAUAGCCCAGUUGAUUUCUCACACUCCAUGGUAUUUUCAGUUAGUAUUCUAUUUUUCAUUUCUGAUGCAGCAUUGUAUUAUAAAACUAAAUAUUUCAUUUUAAUUGGUGAUUUUAAGAGAUUUGUUCCAUUCCUGUUGGUACAGAUUUUACUUUUAUGAAAGAAUUAAAACUAUUUUACAGCACAUGUUGCUGGAAUGUAUAUAUUUAUUUUAUUAAUAUGCUUUUAUUUAUUUUUUUUAGUAAUUGUUUUGUAAGCCAGGAAUACUCGUGAUCUAACGAGUCCAAGAUAAGAUCUUCUACAAGAGAAUGUGCAUUUUUUUUUGAUGUUUACUUAACUGUCAAUCUUUUAAAUCCAACUUUAUUUCAGACUUAAUUUGUGACUUUGUACCUGAUUAUUUUAUUUUGCUGAAGUUGCAUAAUGGGAUUGGGGAUGGUAUGAGGUAUUGGGCACCAUUUGAAGCACACUUGAGAAAUGUGUAUAUGUGAGUCUAUAACGGAAGAAACCAGACUGUGACCAAGAGGAAUAGCAAUGCUGGUAACUUAAGUCCUUUUCAUUCUGUUUGGGAGCCGGCAAUGUGAAUGUAAAUGUAUUCGUGAGUUAAUAAAAGCUACUUAACAAAGUUGCCUGAGGAAUAGCCAGGAUGUGUGUUGGAUUCUUUUAACUAUUGUGUUUUAAAACCGGGUAAGUAUGAACUGUCGUCCUCGGUUUAGAUUAAAUUUUGUCCUAGUUCGGAGUGUCUCAACUCAAGACUGCAAAGGGUUGGGAGGGCCUGUGGCAAAAUGGAAGGGCUGCUGGGUGGAGGAGAUUGUGUGUCCUGGUAGGGACGGUGCUUGUUAACCAAGUCUGUUGCCUGGGAACGUGGGUCUGGUUUUGCCAGCUUGUCCUUUUCUGCCCUAGUGUUCGCAGCCAGAAAUCCAGAUUUUAUAGAAAAUUUGAUAUUUAAGAUGUUGGCAAGUAACUCAAAAAUAUUUAAACACGAUGAACCAAAUGAAAUCUAUCUGUUGGUCAGAUAUGCUACCAUCUUAGAAUCUAUGAUUGAGAUCAUUGGCCUUAGACAUUUUUUUAAAGGUGUCCCUGAUGGUCUUUAGACUUCUUUUAGAAUUUAGGUUUCAGAAAUUGCUGCUCAUAUGUUGAUAAACUCACUUUUUAACUGGUCAUUGGUUUACGAUAGGACUAACAGUUAAUUACUGUAAAUGGCAAACAUGUUUAAUUCUUAAAAGUAGUAUUGGUUUCUAGUUGGGGCUACUGUGUUAGGUAUGCCCAUUUAGGCUAAAGUGUACGUAUAGACUUCAGAGACUUGCACAAGAACUGCAGUAUGACUUAAUGUAAAUUGUCAGAAAUUAGUAUUUUUAGUACUGUUUUUUUUUGUAUUUUGUAUUUUAAGCAUGCAUUAGUGCAGUUUGGUUUAUACCUAUUGUACUAAGCUGUUUGGGGUUUGCGGUACUAUUUUGAGCAGACAGCUUGUCGAGAAAAUGAAAUUUUUUGAAGUUUGCAUUAGCUUAUAUGACCCAUGAGCCUUGGAAUAUAAUAUUACCCUGAAAAAAUGUAGGUGCUCUUCCAGUCACAGUUAGAACAAGGGGAUGAUACAGUAUUUUUUUAUUGUAUUAAAAAAAAUUUUUUUUUUAUUUUUGAGGGAGCAGAGAGCGCGAGUGAGCAAGCAUAAGUGGGUGAGGGGCAGAGAGAGAGAGGGGAGACACAGAAUCCAAAGCAGGGUCCACGCUCUGAGCUGUCAGCACAGAGCCUGACGUGGGGCUGGAACUCAAGAACCGUGAGGUCAUGACCUCAGCCAAAGUCGGAUGCUGAACUGACUGAGCUACCCAGGCGCCCCUAGUAUUUUUAUUUUUUUAAUGUGUAUUUAUUCUUGAGACAGAGACAGAGCAUGAACAGGGGAGGGGCAGAGAGAGAGAGAGAGAGAGAGAGAGAGAGAGAGAGAGAGAGACACACAUAGAAUCCGAAACAGGCUCCAGGCUUUGAGCUGUCCACACAGAGCCCAAUGCGGGGCUUGAACCCAUGAACUGUGAGAUCAUGACCUGAGCCGAAGUCGGACACCCAACCAACUGAGCCACCCAGGAGCCCCAGCUAGUAUUUUUAUUUUUGACCAGGGCUUCAUGUUUCUGUAGAUUGGAAGCCAAGUUAUUAUCUUGACUGACAUUUUUUGUCUUUGUUACUUCCCCACUCUCACUUCAUAUACAUAAUAGCAAAUUAAAAAUCUCAGGUCCAUCUCAGGUUCUUUCCUGCCUUUCUAGUCCUGCUUCUCCCCGCCCCCCCCCCCCCCCCAAAUUCAUUUUUACCAUGAUUGCAGCGUCCUGGUUAAGGCAAUCCCUACCCACUUUGGGGGACAUUUCAGGAGUGGUUGGUGUGGGUGAGAGCUUAAAAACAGAAUUGCACGUGAAGAGUGUGGAUUUAACAAAACCAUAAUCUGAACCUCCUCAACUUGGAGCCCUCAGUGCUUGAAAACUGGCUUCGGUUGCUUCUGCCCCAGAAUCCAGAAGUGCUGGCGUUGUCUUCAUUUGGACUUUAGUUUUUAAAUGUUCUUGUUGACACCCACCCUUACUGUUAAAAUGCUGGAGUUUUCGUCAAGAGACCCAAGUGCAGCUGUCAUAUAGCCAGACUGCUGUGGAGUAGUCCAGUGUGGGAACAUUCUCAGGGUGGUGAUCAAGACCUUAGCUGCACUUGGAUUUCAGGUGCUGAGAAGGUCCUUGACUUGAAACCCAUGUGUAGCCUUUGCUUUAGUUAGAUGGGUAGAUUAUGAAUAUAAAAUACCGUUCAGUUCUGGUUUUGAUUCAGUGUUAAGGUGAGUGUUGGUGAAUGAAAGGCUAAAUUUGAGAGUAGGGUCUGUGCCAGGUGUAUGUUACAUAUAGAAAAGAUGUACUUUUAAAAAAAUCGGUUGAACCUGUUAAGUAAAUGUAUGAUCCAGUGAUACGUUGUUUUGAUUCUCAUUCUUUUGCUGGUAUGCUAUUUGCCUUCUGUUUUGUUAGCAUACUUCACACAGUUGCUUUCUCAUAUACAGUAAUUGCGGUUUUGAAAACCUUAGACACCACCUUUCCAUUAGGAUGAGCUUAAGUCCGUAGUAGCUGUAGUAGGAGUGUCGGUCUCAGGAACCAUUCUCGUGUGGGCUAAGGGCCAGGAGUGCUUGCCAUGUCAGUUUAAGAAGACUAAGGUGAAGAAAAAGUCGUCCUGAUAAAGUUUUUUAAAUUAAAUAUUUUAUCCGAUUAGGCUGAAAUAAUUGGAAGCUGUAACUUAAGCAUCUUCGAAUUUCUGGCAUUCAUGGAAAGCAGUUGUGAUCCUAUUUUUCCGGAUUUUUUAGACCAGUCUCCUUUCCUAUCUUUGAAAUACAAGGGGAAAAUCUAGCUGCAUUCGUAGUCUGUAACACCAUACCCCAGUUGUAUGUUCACUUUUUACAUUCAAUUCAAGCCAUGAUUUCUACCAAUCCUUCCAAAUAGAAGUAAAGUUAUCCUGUUUUGUGGUCUUACUUUUUACUUCUUGAAAAUCUUAUAUACCCCAACCUUUGGAGAAAAUUGGAAAGUUUAAGAGUUUUCCAACCAAAUGUAUCUGCUUGAGGAAACAUCCCAGUUUCAGGAUCUUCUAUUUAUGCCUUGGCCUCCUGGGAGAAUUAGAAUCUGGUCUACAAGAAGGCUUGUGUUUAUAUUUUCUGGCCCUUGUUACAUGGAAAAAGAAAAUUUUGGCAUGUGUUCCUUCUAGGAAUCUUUUUUCCAGGAAUAUAAGACAUCAAGUUGGAUGAGCACAGAAAACAUGAAGGUGAACCACAGAGUUGACGUGGUGGAUGUUCUCCUUCUGAACCUUCUGUUUGAUACUACCUAGUCCUUAGUGGGUAGUUCAAGCAGGGUGUGUGUGUGUGUGUGUGUGUGUGUGUGUGUAUUCUCUCCUUCAAUACUCGGCCAUCUUAAGGGUGAGGUGGUGUGAUCUCCAUUUUCCAAGUGAAAAACCUGAAGCAGAAAGGUGCCGAGGUUUCACACAGCUCAGUGGCUGGGCCAGCAUCUCACGAGCAGUCUCAACCUAGAAGCAAGCUCUGCUUUUCAUCACUGUAUCUGUAAAAGGAGUUUACAACAUCAUGGUGGUACAGUUAAAGUCCCUUUAGAUUGAAAGAAGUAGUUCACAUCUAUUUUGAGUGCCUGCAGAGAGGACUGGCAGUACCAUGUUUUGAGGGAAUAUAGUGGUAAACUGGAAGACAAAGUUCCAGCUUUCUUGGAGCUUACAUUCUAGUAAGGGAGACAAACCAGCAGAUGCUAGAGAAAGCGUGAUGAGAGACAAAUGUGGCAAAUUGCAUUUUUGUUAGAGUGCUCAGGCAAGGCGGAAACUUCAGUGAGGAGUCUUAAGUACACUGCUGCCGGUAACUGGGGGCAGAAGAGAUGAACGAGUGCAGAUAUGUCGGAGUUCUGUGUUAGCUUUGCAUUCAGUUCAGCAGGCUUUUGUUUUGUCGGUUGCCUUCAAACCUUUCCUGAAAGAAUUGACAGUGCAUAACAAUUGUUCAUUGCUUAUUUUUUGUCCACAGGACCUUUUCAUUUAGUAAUCUAGACGUUGCCUUAAGGUACAUCUUUUUCCCCAUUUUAUAGAAGUGAAAAUUAAGAUCCAGAAUUGAGCACACAUAAAAGGAAAUAGUGCAGUGAAUCUCCAUACUAUGCCCAUCACCCAGCUUCAGCAACCAAUCAACGCUUACCAAUCUUGCUUCAUCUACACUCUGCCCCUUUGGUUUUGUUUUCGGAAGUAUUUUAUCUUAUUUUAACUUUAUCUUAAAAUUUUAAAUCUUCGGAAGAGUUACAAGACCCAGGGGUGCUUGGGUGGCUCAGUCAGUUAAGCGUCUUGACUUGAUUUUGGCUCAGGUUGAUCUCACGGUUUGUGAGAUCGAGCCCUGCUUUGGACUCUGCACGGACAGGGCGGAACGUGCUUGGGAUUCUUUCUCUGCUCCCCACUCCCCCCCCACCCCCCAAUGAAUAAACAUUAAAAAAAAAAAAAAAAAAAGACCAGUUCAAUUAACACCUGCAGGCUUUUCACCUAGAUCACUGGCUGUUAGAGUUUGCCAUAUUUGCCGUUUUGUUUUGUUUUUGUUUUUGUUUUAAUCUACACUGUUGGAGAGAUGCAGACAUCUUGACGUGGCCCUUUUUUUUUCUUAAGGAAUAAGGGCUUUACUUCCUAACUACAACAUAACCAUUGCACAAUUCUGACAUUGCUACUGUAUUAUAAAAUGUUCAGUACACGUUCAAAUUUAUUCCAUUGAUAUCUUUUAACUUUUUAAUCCAGUAUUUAAUCGAGAAUCAAUCAAGGAUUUAGUUGUUUAGUCUCCUUGAUCUAGAACAAUUCUCUGGUCCUUGUCGUUAAUGACAGUAGCACUUUGAAGAGUCCAGGCCCACUGGUCUUCAGAAUCCCUCGGUUUGGAUUUGUCUAGUUGGUUUUCUCAUGACUAGAGAUAGGUUAAACAUUGUUGGCAUAAUUAUUAAAGAGGGAUGUCAGGGUAUUGUAUCAAGAGGCAUGUCAGUUUGUCUCACUAUUGAUGUUAAGCAUUCAGUCGGUGUAGGUGAUAGCCGUUAGAUUGCCCUAAUGUAAAUGUAUCUUCCUUUUGUAAUCCGUGACCUCUAGGGUGACAAACUUGAGACUGAGUAUUCUCUUCAGUCUUCCAGUGGGGUUAGCAUCUGUUGAUGACUCUGAAUCAUUUGUUGCCGGACUACGUUAAAGCAAAGUACAGAUAUAAGAUUUCACCUGUAAGUGUUUCGUAUGCAUCCAAAAGUUAAGGGCUUUAAAGAAAAACAAAAGCCAACCACAGUGCUUUUAUGACAUCAAAUGAAUUCCAUAACAGCUCCAUGUUCAAAUUCUCCGAAUUGUCUCAAAUGUUUUUCCCCAGUUGGUUUGCUUGAAUCUGAGUCCAAACAAGGUCCACAGGCUACAUUUACCAGAUGGCCUGUUGAGUCUUUUACUCUAACAGAUUCCCCACCCUUCUUUUCUGAAUUUGAUAAUUUCCCGGUGUUUUAUGUGUUCAUCUCUUCCGGGUAUUUUCGGUAAGCUGGCAGGUAGAAAUUUGAUUGUUUCGUUUUGCAAGAGGACAUGAGUAUUCUGGGUGUGGCAUUAUAUGUCUGCCUUUUAGAGAAGAUUGGUUCUUGAUACUGUCAGCCUCAUCCAUCCAGUUUAAAUUUCCCCAUCAACCUUUCACCUAAGGGUUCUAGCAUCCAUUGUAACCAUUGCGUAGGAUUUGUAUAGUUGCUUUCUCAUGAUUAGAGAUAAGGUUAGACUUUGAUUCAUCAGGGACUAUAAAGGGUGACUUUCUAAUUGCAUUUUUCCUUUUGUAUCAGUGAGGUUUCUUUCUGACUUGUGUUUAUUCCUGUUAUGUGUAUCUUCCUGGGGAACGUUAUAAAAGGGUACAUUCUUCAUUUCACUGAGGAUGUUCUUGGACUCCCUUAAUGAUACGUCCUCAAUUUUCUCAUCUGUAGAUUGAGGAUAAUUAUCGUGCCUUCCUCCUGGGGUUUUUGUGAAGAUUGGAUGAGCUGGUACAUGUAGUGUAGAAAUGGUGCCUGGCACUAGUGUUGGGUUGGUACAGUAGGCUUCACUAACUUAGCUGCAACUCAGAAUUUCUCCUCCAGCACCUGAGUAAAUGCUGAUGGUCUUGUGGAGAGUGGAUUAAGAGUACGAGCUAAGUUCUCAAUCCCAAUUAAGAAGCGGAGGAAAAUUUAAACUGUCUCCUUCAAAGUUUAUCACAACCACCACCAUCAAGACAGCAAACCAAAGGACAAAGACUUUGACCUGCUGUGUUGCUCUGUGUAGUCCAGUUCACGUAUGGUUUACAGACUUGGCUGGGGUUACUAAUGAGUAAAUAAAAAGUUGGACACUUCCUGUCGUUGGACACUUAUUCACAAAGUUACCAAAAUGAGGGCUGUGCUGGAGACAGCAGACAUUGCCAUAGUGGCCCUGUAUUUUAUCCUGGUCAUGUGCAUUGGUUUUUUUGCCAUGUGGAAAUCUAAUAGAAGCACCGUGAGUGGAUACUUCCUGGCGGGGCGCUCUAUGACCUGGGUAGCAAUUGGUGCCUCUCUGUUUGUGAGCAAUAUUGGGAGUGAGCACUUCAUUGGGCUGGCAGGAUCUGGAGCUGCAAGUGGAUUUGCAGUGGGCGCAUGGGAAUUCAAUGCCUUACUGCUUUUGCAACUUCUGGGAUGGGUUUUCAUCCCGAUUUACAUCCGGUCAGGGGUAUACACCAUGCCUGAAUACUUGUCCAAGCGAUUUGGUGGCCAUAGGAUUCAGGUCUAUUUCGCAGCCUUGUCUCUGAUUCUUUAUAUCUUCACCAAGCUCUCAGUGGAUCUGUAUUCGGGUGCCCUCUUUAUCCAGGAGUCUUUGGGUUGGAACCUCUAUGUGUCUGUCAUCCUGCUCAUUGGCAUGACUGCUUUGCUGACUGUCACCGGAGGCCUUGUUGCAGUGAUCUACACAGACACUCUACAGGCUCUGCUUAUGAUCGUUGGGGCACUCACACUUAUGAUUAUUAGCAUGAUGGAGAUUGGCGGGUUUGAGGAAGUUAAGAGAAGGUACAUGUUGGCCUCGCCCAAUGUUACUUCCAUCUUGUUGACAUACAACCUUUCCAACACAAAUUCUUGUAAUGUCCACCCUAAGAAAGAUGCGCUGAAAAUGUUACGGAAUCCGACAGAUGAAGAUGUUCCUUGGCCUGGAUUCGUUCUUGGGCAGACCCCAGCUUCAGUAUGGUACUGGUGUGCUGACCAAGUCAUCGUGCAGAGAGUCUUAGCGGCUAAAAACAUUGCUCACGCCAAAGGCUCUACUCUUAUGGCUGGCUUUUUGAAGCUUCUGCCAAUGUUUAUCAUAGUUGUCCCGGGAAUGAUUUCCAGGAUACUGUUUGCUGAUGAUAUAGCUUGCAUCAACCCAGAGCACUGCAUGCAAGUAUGUGGAAGCAGAGCUGGGUGCUCUAAUAUUGCUUACCCACGCCUGGUGAUGAAGCUGGUUCCUGUGGGCCUCCGGGGCUUAAUGAUGGCAGUGAUGAUUGCGGCUUUGAUGAGCGACUUGGACUCUAUCUUUAACAGUGCCAGUACCAUAUUCACCCUCGAUGUGUAUAAACUCAUCCGCAGGAGCGCAAGCUCCCGAGAACUAAUGAUUGUGGGGAGGAUAUUUGUGGCUUUUAUGGUGGUGAUCAGCAUUGCAUGGGUGCCAAUCAUCGUGGAGAUGCAAGGAGGCCAGAUGUACCUUUACAUUCAGGAGGUAGCAGAUUACCUGACACCCCCAGUUGCGGCCCUAUUCCUUCUGGCAAUUUUCUGGAAGCGCUGCAACGAACAAGGGGCUUUCUAUGGUGGAAUGGCUGGCUUUGUUCUUGGAGCAGUCCGUUUGACACUGGCCUUUGCGUACCGUGCCCCAGAAUGUGACCAACCUGAUAACAGGCCAGGCUUCAUCAAAGACAUCCAUUACAUGUAUGUGGCCACAGCGUUGUUUUGGGUCACGGGACUUAUUACUGUCAUUGUUAGCCUUCUCACACCACCUCCCACAAAGGAACAGAUUCGUACCACCACCUUUUGGUCUAAGAAGAGCUUGGUGGUGAAGGAGAGCUGCUCCCCGAAAGAUGAACCAUACAAAAUGCAAGAGAAGAGCAUUCUGAGAUGCAGUGAGAAUAGUGAGGCCAUCAACCACAUCAUUCCCAAUGGGAAAUCUGAAGAUAGCAUCAAGGGCCUUCAGCCUGAAGAUGUUAAUCUUUUGGUGACCUGCAGAGAAGAAGGCAAUCCAGUGGCUUCAUUAGGUCAUUCAGAGGCAGAAACACCAGUAGAUGCUUAUUCCAAUGGGCAAGCAGCUCUCAUGGGUGAGAAAGAGAGAAAGAAAGAAACAGAGGAUGGAGGCCGGUACUGGAAGUUCAUAGAUUGGUUCUGUGGCUUUAAAAGUAAGAGCCUCAGCAAGAGGAGUCUCAGAGACCUGAUGGAGGAGGAGGCUGUUUGUUUACAAAUGUUGGAAGAGCCUCCACAAGUUAAACUAAUACUAAAUAUUGGACUUUUUGCUGUGUGUUCACUUGGAAUUUUCAUGUUUGUUUAUUUUUCCUUAUGAACUUUUAAGGAUAUGAUGAGACACUAACUUAAGAAAAUACUGGUCUUUGGAAAGAAAAAAAAAGAAAACCUGUAACUGUUGCAUCUCUCAGGCAUUGUUUACGCUGUAGGUUUUAGCCAAAUUUUACUUAGCAGAAAAUCAUCUAUUUGCAAGACUUUAUUUUCCCAGAGAUGGAUGAAAGCAAAUUUUCAACCUAAAUGAAGUAAAACUUGUUUAACAGACUGAAUUGUGCAAAUGUGGUUUAAAAUUUUCCAUACCAAAGUAAGGAGAGAGACCAAUUAUUCUCAUAGAACAUGUAGAGCAGAAUAUAUGCUAAGAUAUUACAAAUAAGGUAUACUGUCUGCACUGCCAAAUCUUGGUAGGCCUUCUUAACCUGAAGUAGAAGACUUGCUCAUUUCAAAGUUUUUUCUGUCUUUGUAAUCCCUACUACCAUUUAAAACUGAAUUUGUAGACAUUGUAUAAUCAGUUGUGUACUGAAAACCUAACUCAUGUUCUUGUGGGGUACUUGUGUCGGGACAAGUUAGUUCAUUUGCCAGGCUCAUUUUGCUAGCAUGAGCCUAUGGAUUCUGAAUGCCAAAAGAAAGGAAGAAGAAUGUUUUCCUGUAGCUGUUCUUGUACCACCAAUAUAUGGAAUGUUGAGCAAAAGUUGUUCCAGUUCCUUUUUUUUUUUUCUUUUUUUUCCUGCUUUGACUGAAGUUUAAGUGAACCAUACUCAAAUGACCAUCAAGUCUAUCUUGAUACAUUUAUGUCAUGACUGUAUUGUCAGAUGAUUAGGGGAGAAAAUGAAGUAAACAUUGCUGAUGAUCCCCAGAUUUAUUGACCAAGUUCAGGUUGUUUAUACAGUUUGGGAAUUAGCAGUCCUCAAGCAGUGUUUGGUCAGCUUAUGCUAAACAGGUGACGACUCGUACUCCACUAAUUCUCUAGCUUUGUUCUUUGUUCUUGUCAUUUGGUAACAUUUUUUAUUAGCCACAUAUCUUUCCAAGUGGAUUCAGUCAGAAGAUAUGUCCAGAAAUUUGAAAAAAAAAAAAAAAAUUGUCACUGCCUUUGUGCUGGGUUGCCCCAUGAUAUAUUGAAGUUGAGCUUUUGGAGGGAAAAUUUAAUUCUGAGAUCAUAUUGUGUCCUUGAGAAGUUCCCCCCGCCCCCCGAUUUACUUUUUUUCGAAAGACUUGCCAUCUGUACACAGCCUCUACGUUUUUGUUUAAAAAGUUAUAUUGACCUAGAGCAUGAGGAGGUUUCAGUGCAAACUGGGCAUCAGUAACAGAAAAGUCAGAGUGCAUGCUUUGCCAUUGGUAGAUUGUCAGUAUUGUCUUUCUGUGGAACAGAUAGCAUGUUAAAGAGGUGUCAAGAGUAAGAACUUCUGGGCUUAAUAGUAUGUCUUGUGGAGGGUAUUGUAGGACUUGUGUAAAUUAUAGGACCCUCGAUCUUCACAUGGCAUGGCACUCCGUUGUAACCUUCAUGGAUGGGAAUCUUUUUCACAGUCUGAUUCCCCUUCGUGAGGGCAGGGUACAAAAGAUGUUGGAGGAAAGCUCUAUAGAUCAUGUAGUUAUGUGUCUGUGUGCUCAACAUGGUCCUUUUUCCUUUGUGACAUAUGAAGGAAACUGAUUGUGUAUCUACUUUCUUUGACUUUCCUGUAAUCUCUGAUACUUUUUAAAUUGCAUGAUUUUAUUAAGCUUGUAUUCUUUAGGGAAAAGUAUUACUUUUUUAGAUACUUUUGUAGAUUUUGAAUCAAAACUCAGUCCUAAUAACUUUCAGUUUUUUGUAUUCUGUAAACUAGUUUCAUUAUGAUGGACUUGAUUAGUCCAAAGUUGAUUUUAGAAAUUAUCAGGUAGCAUAAUGUCUUCCCAUCUCCAGGAGGCUUUCUGAUGGACUGAGUCUGUAGAUGAAAAAGUAAUUUAUGUAUGAAUAGCAUGAUUUCUGAGAGCUUAGAGUGCCUUGUAGAAUUUUUUUUCCCAAUUUCAUUCUUAAGAUUUAGAAGUUGGGGGCCAAAUAAAUAGGGACCAUCCUUUUCUUGUAUGGAGGAGGCUGUGGCUGUGACAUAUCUAAGGUUACAAAAAGUCUGUUGGGGAGAACAGAGAACCAUGUAUCCAAAGCUGGACUCAUGGUUAGUCCUUUUCUCAAAGGAACUAUUUUCCUUUGAGACAACCUUUUUGGUAUUUGGGAAAAUAAUAGGACCUUAGAUUUUUCAAAUUGGCUUUUAAGUCAUAGGGAUUAAAAUUUUCUUUGAACACAUUGCUGUGUAACUCUCCACAAAGAGGAUUGACACAUUGGCUGGGCAGCCUUCUUAACCCUUCUUUUUACGGCAUAAAUUAAUAGGUGGUGUUUAUGUAGGUUUUUUUCCCCUUUGUUUAAUGUCGAGUCCUAAUAGUUUGGAGUAUUAGGAUCCCCCUACUUUCUCUUUGCUGCUGUCUUAGUACGAUACGUGAAAUACAUCAUCUUGUGUCUAUUUGUGUGUAUAUAGCAGUAGGUCAAGUUUAGAGUACUAAUGUCUGUAAAUAAGGAAUGACUAUUAGCAUAUCCAUUAGGAUGUUUAUUCUUGUCAGUAUAAACAUCACUGUGUUGAGACUGAAGUCCCUGAAGCUUGCCCUUCGUAUUGCUUUCCAGUAAUAGAUAAUGUGCUUGAAUAAGUAUGUGGAUUGCCGAUUGAAACUUCAUUCAGGGGACCAUUUGGUUCAGUCUAGAUUUCAUUAGAAUGAUUGUUCAUGGAAUGAUACAUGGUCUGUUUUAAGCUAGCAAAAUGUUCAUACUUUACACUAAAUGGGUCCUAAAUGAUGACAUUUGCUCUGUAGACAUAUGUAUAUAUUUUUAUAUUGGCUCAAGCUAAGGUUCAGAAUUGAGUAAGAGUGAUAUUGACUAGAAUAGUUACCUAAGAGUCCAAAUGAAAAGUGAGAACACUGGUCUUCAAAAAGUAGAGACAAAUAGUGUCUUAUCUGUUCUUUAUGGUAUCCCCAGUUCUUAGAUUUUUGUCCUUCCACACAAUCUCAGUCUUAAGAUCUGAUGAGAAGAGCUUAUUACUCGGGCAUGCAGAAUAAUUAUUGGCUCCAAAAAUACUAUAUCCUUUUGCCCCGAGAUAGUAUGUGGCUUUAGAAAUAGCUGAGCCGAGCUUUUUCUGCAGCCAUUCUUUUCCUGGUGAGGUUAUCACUCAUAUCUUUAGGUUAGAGAAGCAUCAAGCAAUAGUGGUGGUGCUGUGUCCUUUAGCCUAAAUUCAGCAGAUCUGCUCUCCCAAGGCUUCCAUUUCCCUUGCCUCAAAGGAUCCAUUGUCUUUUUGUACAAAGAGGCUGGCCAGGGUCAUAGUUCUUAGCAUGUCAGGUAAUUAGCAGAGACCUAUCAUAUGUGAAAGUUCACAUUUUAAGAAUUGAUUGGGAGGUUGUCACUCAGUUCUCUAACCUGAGGCUAAUUGGGAGUGGGGGACUGAAGUCUUGUCCAGGGCGCUUAGAGUCUAAGUGUCUCCGUUUCUCAGUCCGCUGUUUUCUUCCCUAUACUUACAGGGUGAGUGGAUCUUCUCCUCUGUCUUCGAAUAUCAUUUAGUGUAGCCUGUGGGCUAUUCUCAUUCUUUACCGUCCUGAAGACUGGCCAUAUUAUUAGACCCGUCAGUGUUCCCACUUGGCAGUAUUUGGCUUACUUACUUUGCUUAUACUUUUUACUCUGCUGUGUCAUUUUCAUCUGAGGUAUGAUGGCUGGAAAGGACCAUGUGGGUAUGGAGUGGUUACACCUUACCAUUCCCCAGGUUUAGAUUGAGAGAUGUAUGUAGACCAUUCCUGUUACAUUUUGUGACCACGGAGACAUGCCAGGACAAUUGUUCUAAGAAGUCCGAAAAACUAUAAGUGAGAUGCUGAGAAGAAAUACCUGGGUGAUAAAAACACAAACUUAACAAAUUAGGUAACAGACAAACAUUAGGUUAAAAUGUGCAGACGUAGAAUUCUAUUCAGUGAAUUCCAGAACUUGAAGCAUCUUGGCUAUCAGCUUAUUUAAGCCUUUCCUCAUAUAGAUGCGUAUAUCAACGAAUAAGAUCCAGCCUGUUAAAAACCCUGGUUUGAUGUUAAAUAUUGUGAAGUAGGAGUUUUUAAGCCUAUUUGAGGUUAAAUGACUGAUAUUUGAUAGUGACACUUUAGUAGAAAAAAAUGCUUUUAGGCUUGUAUUCAUAAGAUUUCUCAUUAGCAAAAUGUUACAUUGCAUAAGUCAUUCUGAUGUUAGCUUGAACAGACUUUACAAAUAGGGUAUACUCCUAUUUGUGUGUAUACUCACCUACCAUUCAGAGAGACUGGUCUUUUCCCUUUGUCUUCCCUCACAUUGCUUUAAUUUUUCACCUAUUCUUUCUUUUAACAUUUCUCAGAUUCCUGUUUUGAUCUUUUAUCAGCUUAAUUCACUUUCAGGUUUAUUGCUGUGAUGUGCAAAAGUGCUGCUUUGCCCCAGUUUUGAAUACUUGGAUCCAAAUAAUGAUUCAUUAAGUAUAGUCGUGUUUAAAUAUACGAAAUUUCUAUAAGCUUAAACUGUUAAUUCUCCAGAAUGAUCUUCUCAGGCUAAUGUUCACUAGUGUUCACUAAUAAAUGCCCUAAUAAUCCAUCAGUAUUUUAUUCUGAAAACUCUUUUCUUCAAAAAUUAGGGAGACAACAAUAGUUAAACUUCAUACCGAUCCCUUUGAAAUGGUGGUAUCACAAUGCAGAGAGGAAUGGAGUUUGUUUUGAUGCCAAAAAGCCUUGUUCUUUCAGUACUUUAAAGGUGCAAAGUUGGAACUAGUCAGUUGGCAUAUAGAGAAACCCUUUUGUACUAGUAAGGUGUGAAGCUGGAUUAUAUAAGAAGUAAUCUUUUGAUUACUACAUUCGGUUAGCUUAUUAACUCAGGGCGGCAAACCCCUUUUCCUCCAUUAAGGUCACUUCUCUUCAUUUGGUAUCCUUUUUCUCAGACUCGCCCCUCUGUUGGAAGACUUGGUAUUCAGCUACUCUGACUCCUAGAAUUGGAUUUAGCUAAGGUUCAAACUAUAUAAUAGGCUUUGCCAGUGCUGAGUCCCACACCAUCAGUCACAUAGUCAUAUAAAUGUUUUUAUUUAAACUUCUCUCUCCAAUGCCGGGAAUAAGGCUUUCAACUACUGAUUCACCUUUAAAGGAAUGUUAUGAGAAUGGAUAUAAUUUAUGUUUCUGUUUCCAUCUCAAAUCCUUUAGAAAAGAUAGGACUUUGGCUUAAGCACUCUUGUUUCUCUGGUAACUAACAGCCUUAACCAUUGAUAUAUUGCCUUUUAUUCAGAAAUAGACGAGAAAGAUUUGAUGUAUUUGUAUCGUUACUCAUUUCAUGUACUUUACUUUUAAGGGGAGGACCAUAAUUGGAAGCUGUUGGUUUAAACCAAAUAACCUUACUUUAUGUAAUAAUUUUUCAGUGUGGUUUGGUUACCUGGAUUCAUACUAUGUGUGAAGAGAGGGAUGCUAGAACAAAUAAGCAAAUGAAGAGCAAGUCAAGACAAAAAGCACAGCGGUCUCAGAUUUUUCUUAGUGUAGGAGCAAUGGCUUUACUCGCAGAAAAGCACUAGAUCAUAAUUGUUGCCCAUGAUCCUAAAGCCCCUCCAAUCCUUUCCUACCCCUACCCCCAGUUAAAAAUAGUUUACAGUCCGUGAACUCUAUCAAUAGGGGAAAUACAUAUUUCAGUGAUUUCCGUAACAGCACAAGUUGACAGUAGAUAACCACAACCUUAUUGGAGACUUCUAUUUAUCUUGGUAAAUUCACCUUGUACCCCAGUGCUGCUGGAGGAAGGAGUGUUUACUUUGUUUAUCGCCUUUGGACAAACUAGUCUGGAUAAUUUUUCAGUAUUUAAUUGUAGCCUAGACUCCUGUAAGUGGAAUUUUCCUUAAUAACUCGCUUUUUGGUAAUAAUAGUUGGAAACUGAAAUUAAGCUUAUUGCUAUUAUUGAAAUCCCAAAUUGGCAAAGGCCAGUAUAUAGGGUAUUUCAUAAUAUAAUCAGCUUCUGAAAUUUCUGUUUUGAUUAGUGCCUUCUGGUUGCCAAUAUUGACUCUGCUAGUUUACACAUUUCCCUUUCUUGAUAGAAUAUAUUUAUUUGUUACAAUUCCUCUUUUUAAAUUUUGUUAUAACUAGUCAAGGAAAUACACAAAAUGCAUUUAUAUUUACAUACUUUAUAUGCAGCGUUUGUUUAGGUUCAAGGAAACCAAGUAGCUCUAAUUUCUGUUGCAGUUUAAAUGUUAUUUAUUCAUCUAUAUUUGUUUUGUAUCCUUCAUUAAAACUAUAAAGUUA